AUGGCCUCCAAAGCCCUGCCUCAGGCUCUGAUAACAAUGCCAAGAAACCCUACCCAUCACCCGCCGGUAAAGCUUGGGUUUUCCGCUUCCUUCUCUCGUCGUUCUCCUUCUAAUUCCGCCCGGGUCUCGCUCUCUAGGGUUUCGUCGAGCUCAUUUGGGUCCAGCUUCUGUCCCAUCGUCGCUGCAAUGUCGAGACUGGACUUUGUUGUGAGAGCAGAUUCGAGCACUGAAGGUGAAGCUGAAGCAGUUGGAAGUGAAGAGGCCUCGGAGGCCAUCGUAGAAGCUGAAGCUGAACCAGUUGUGGAGUCUGAGCCUGAAGAGCCGAAGACGCCCAGAAAGUCUCGGGUUAAGCUUGGAGACAUAAUGGGGAUAUUAAACAAGAGGGCAGUUGAGGCAGCAGUGCAAGAAAGGCCAGUUCCGGACAUUAGAACUGGAGACGUUGUGCAAAUCAAACUGGAAGUUCCUGAAAAUAAGCGUAGGUUGUCUGUUUAUAAAGGCAUUGUCAUUUCAAGACAAAAUGCUGGCAUUCACACAACCAUUCGCAUUCGGAGGAUUAUGCUGGAAUAG